AGUCGCGAUCGAGAGAGUGAAGUGAUGAGUCGUAAAAAGCAAAGCUGAAGCGUUUUUCUUUCUGGUUGUUUAAGAAAUUAAGAAAAAAAUUUUUGGAUCAAAUAACUUUAUUGACAUAAACUAAAGAAUUUUACCAGGCCAUUGAAAUGGCCAAUCUUCUAAAUGAUCUGAGAGUGUUGAUUCUCGUUUCAUUUUUUUUAAUAAUAUUAAACAUAAGUGCAACAAGAUCACAGAAUCAACCAUCUCAAUAUCCACAACGCAUCAGACAUCCAAGACCAGGCGUUCAAAGGAACUCAUUUCGAAGAACUCGUGCACCUCUCUUGUCAAACCAGGAAAAACGUAGAAUGAAAAUUGAAAAAAUCCCCAAAGUGAAAGAACAGCGUGGAGAUCAAUCUCCUGACGAUGAUAGUGAGAAUAACAUCGGUUUAACAUAUCAUCAUCCUCAGAGUUUAAUGAACCCAUAUCGAAAAGAUCGCCCUUUAAGGAUAAAUCCACGACUUCAUCCAUGUGAACAAAGCAGUUGUUAUCCUGCUACUGGUAAUCUGUUGAUUGGCAGAGAGAAUCGUUUACAAGCAUCAUCGACUUGCGGUCUAAAUGGCCCCGAACGUUUUUGUAUCGUUUCACAUUUAGAAGAAAAGAAAUGCUUUUUGUGUGACACAAGAUACGAAACUGAAAAUGAUCCACAUUUAAAUCAUCGUGUCGGUCAAAUUAUUUACAAGUUUAGACCUGGAACAUUGGAAAACUCUUGGUGGCAAUCAGAAAAUGGAAAAGAAAAUGUUACAAUUCAAUUAGAUCUUGAAGCUGAAUUUCAUUUCACUCAUUUGAUUAUUGUGUUUGCAACGUUUCGACCCGCUGCAAUGCUUAUCGAACGAUCAUAUGAUUUCGGUAAAAGUUGGCACGUAUACAGAUACUUUGCGUCGAAUUGUGCAGAAUCAUUUCCGCAUGCUUUAACUGAAUCUAGAAACAUCACGGAUGUAGUUUGUGAUCAUCGUUACUCGCAUGUUGAACCAUCAAAGAACGGUGAAGUAAUUUUCCGAGUUCUGCCACCACAACUUAACAUUGAGAAUCCUUAUUCGGAUCACAUUCAAAACAUGUUGAAAAUGACAAACCUUAGAAUCAACUUUACAAAAUUACAUUCGCUUGGUGACACUCUUCUCGAUGAUCGUUCAGAAAUACAAGAGAAAUAUUAUUACGCUAUCUCAAAUAUGGUAGUUCGUGGGUCUUGUUCAUGUUAUGGACAUGCAUCACGAUGUUUACCAUUGGAAGGAUUUGAUACUCAAAACGACAUGGUUCAUGGAAGAUGUGAAUGUACACACAACACUAAAGGUCUAAACUGUGAAAAUUGUGAAGAUUUUUAUAACGAUUUGCCGUGGAAACCCGCACUUGGAAAGCAAACUAAUGCUUGCAAAAAAUGCAAUUGCAAUAAUCACGCAGUGACAUGUCAUUUUGAUCAAGCAGUUUAUGAACAUUCAGGCAAAGUAAGCGGAGGUGUUUGUGACAAUUGUGAACAUAACACUGAAGGGCAACAUUGUGAACAAUGCAAAGCGUAUUUCUAUCGUGAUCCAAAUGAAGAUAUCCAAAGUCCUUAUGUUUGCAAGCCAUGCGAUUGUGAUCCAAUUGGAUCUCGAGAUGAAGGAAUUUGUGAUUCAAUUCCUGAUCCUGAAGAAGAAAGUAUGCCAGGUGCAUGUCAUUGCAAGACACAUGUAAAAGGAAGACGUUGUGACAUUUGUAAAGAAGGCUAUUGGAACUUAAAUGAAACAAACCCUGAUGGAUGUGAACAAUGUACUUGUAACAUCUUGGGAACAAUCAACAACUUGGGUUGUAACUUCUACACUGGUGAAUGUACUUGCAAGAGAUUAGUGAUAGGACGUGAUUGUAAUCAGUGUAUGCCAGAAACGUUUGGAUUGUCAGAGAUUAAUGAUGGAUGCACACCUUGCGAUUGUGAUCCUGGUGGUUCAAUGGACAAUAAUUGUGAUGUCAUCACUGGACAAUGUAAAUGUCGACCAUACAUGCAAGGAAGAAAUUGCAGCGAACCAAGGCAACAUCAUUUCAUUCCAAAUUUACACAUCAUCACCGAAGCUGAGAGUUCAAAUACUGUUUGUGAAGGAAGUACAAGCUACGGUAAUUGCACAAUUGUUGUACGUGAUCCAUAUCCGGAUCGUUUACAAACGUGGACUGGUCCAGGCUUUUUAAAAGUUCACGAAGGCAGUGAUGUUAGUUUCACAAUUGACAAUGUUCCCAAGACCAUGAAUUACGAUAUUUUGCUUCGAUAUUCUCCACAAAUUCGAGGAAGUUGGGAAGAUGUUCGAAUCAGUGUUAUAAGGCCCGAUGCUAUUGGACAUGACAGUUCUUGCUAUAACAUUAAUCCACUUGAAGAACAAGAAAAACAGUUGAGACUUAAUGAGUAUGAGACGAGUACACUUGCAUUGAAUGAGUUGUGCUUGGAAGAAGGAAAAACUUACAAAUUUAUUGUCACCUUCAACCGACAAAAUUCUUACGAAACAAAUCCAUCAGCACAAAUUCUUGUUGAUUCUCUUGUAUUGAUUCCACGUAUUGAAGUUACUUCCAUCUUUUCUGGAUCGACACCAGCUGAUUACAGAAGACGUGACUUUGAAUAUUAUCGAUGCAACGACUCUUACUACGAUGUUGCUCCCCAAAAUAUUGAGCCAAAAUGUGAACAAUUAUUCCAAAUGGCAGGAACUUUAGUUUUCGAUGGGGCAUCACCUUGUGACUGUAAUCCAACUGGAUCGAUAAGUAAAAAAUGUGAAGAACAUGGUGGUCAUUGCAAGUGUAAACCGAAUAUUGUUGGACGUCAAUGCGAAAAGUGCGCUCCAGGAACUUAUGGUUUCUCGCCCAAUGGUUGUCAAGCUUGUGAUUGUGACAGUGUCGGAUCAAAAGAUAACGAAUGUGACCUUGUAACUGGACAAUGUAAUUGUCAUCCAAAAACAUAUGGAAGAGAAUGUAAUCAGUGUCAAAUUGGAUAUUGGAACUUCCCUGACUGUCAAGCUUGUAAUUGUAAUGGACAUGCUUCAACAUGCAAUCCAAAAACUGGGGAAUGUAUUCAAUGUCAAGACUCUACAACUGGAUAUAAUUGCGAUCGAUGUAUUGAAGGCUUCUACGGUGAUCCGUUGUUGGGAAGUGAAAUUGGCUGCAGACCUUGUCGAUGUCCCGACACAAUAGCUUCUGGGCAUUCUCAUGCAUCUCAAUGUUCACUCAUUUCUAGCACCAACGAUGUUAUCUGCUAUUGUCAACCCGGAUAUGCUGGUGUCAAGUGCGAUGUUUGCGAUGAUAAUUACUUUGGAAAUCCUGAAAAGCCAGGUGGUUCAUGUGAACCAUGUAACUGCAAUAACAACAUUGAUAUCGCUCGUCCUGGUAAUUGCGAUGCCAAAACUGGAAAAUGUUUACAAUGUUUACGUGAUACUGAUGGAGACGGUUGUGAAUAUUGUAGAGAUGGAUAUUAUGGUGAUGCAUUACGUCAAGAUUGCAGAAGAUGCGAAUGCGAUGUUCUCGGUACAAAUGGAACUCUGAAGCAUUGUGACCGUUACACUGGUCAAUGCCCUUGCCUUCCUAAUGUUAUGGGAGUUCGGUGUGAUCAAUGUGCGAAGAAUCAUUGGAAAAUUGCUAGUGGUGAAGGAUGUGAAGCUUGUAAUUGCGAUGAAAUUGGAUCACGAAGUGAACAAUGUAACCCGUAUGACGGUCAAUGUGACUGUCGACCUGGUUUCGGUGGACGUGCUUGUGACCAAUGUGAAGCCAAUUUCUGGGGUGAUCCCAACGUCGAAUGCAAAGCAUGUGACUGUAAUUCAUAUGGAUCAGCAACGUACCAAUGUGAUCGUGAGACCGGUCAAUGUAAUUGCAUAAAAGGAAUUGGUGGAUAUAAAUGUGAUCAAUGUGCAAGAGGAUACUUGGGUGAAGCACCUUACUGUUCACCAUGCGGUGAAUGUUUCGAUAAUUGGGAUGAUAUUUUAAAUACACUUGGAGACCAAACAGAUGACAUCAUAGAACGAGCUAAACGUAUCAAAACUCAAGGUGCAACGGGAGCUUACACGAAAGAAUUUGAAGAUGUUGAGAAAAAGAUUGAAACGAUCAGAAAUAUUUUGAACAACACAACUGUGAGUGCAAAAGAUGUCAAGAAAUUGAAUGAAAAUAUUGAUCGACUUCGAGCUAGAUUUAACGAGUCUGAUAAGAAUGUAAAAGAAACUGAUGGAGCUUUAGACAAGUUGAAUGAAGAAAUGAAUUUGGCUGGAGUUGAAUUGGCAAAUUUAGCAGAACAGAGUGAAAAAAUCAAACUUUUGUCUAAUGACUUGAAAGAAAAUGCCACAAAAUUACAAGAAGCAAACGUUGAAGGUGCUUUGAAUUUAACACGUGAUGCUUGGAGUCGUGUUCAGUCGCUUUCUGAUGUUUACAAUGAAGCAAAUGAAUUGAAUUCUGAAGCUGAUCGCCAAUGUAAACGAAUUGAAAAUUUGAUUACACGCCAAAUUGAAAACGAAGGAAAUUUAUUAGCAAAUGACAAACAAAUUGAUGAACUUCAAAGUGAGCUUGAUAAACUGACAGCUGAAAUUCCUGAUUUGAAUGAACAAGUUUGCGAUAAACGUGGAGAUCCUUGCGAUAGUCUUUGUGGUGGUGCAGGAUGUAAUAAAUGUGGUGGAAUAUCAUGUGAAAAAGGUGCUUUGACGAGAGCUGAAACUGCUUUGAACUAUGCCAAAGAUACCGAAAAGAUCAUAAAAGAAAAGGAACAACAGGCUGACGAACUUAUUCGAUCAGUUUCACACUCAAUAACUGAAGCUGGUGAUGUCCAUAAGAAAGCAAAGGAAACACUCGACAAAGUUCAAGAAACUUACAAAUCAGCUGAAGGUCUUCUUGGUGAAGGAAGAGAAUUAAUUACAAAUCUUACAAAUGUUGUCUCAAACAAGACUGCAUCACCAAAUGAAAUUAAAACUAUUGCUGAAGAAGUUUUGAAACUUGAUUUACAUUUAGAUCCGGCGGAGAUUAAACAUUUAGCCAACAACAUCGAUCAAACUGUUGCUGAAUUAGAGAAUGUUGAAUUAAUUAUCGAAAACACCCGUCAUGACCUGGAACUUGUUGAGGGCUUAAGAGAUAAUGCAACGACAGCACAGACAAGGGCUGAUGAAGUGUUGAAACGAGCUACUGAAGUUAGUAAUGCUUUAGAAGAUGCCGAACAAGCUCAAAAAGCUGCACGUGAUGCAAUUAAGAAAGCUAACGAAGACAUUUCUACAGCAAAGGCAGAUCUGGAAGAGAUUGACACUGAAACAAAGGAAGCAAAAGAAAGCGCUGAAGAAACAGCUGGUGCUGUUGAUGCUUUACAAGCAAAAUUAAACAAAUUGCAAAAGAAAUUCUUAAAGAAUGCGCAUGACGCUAAGGAAAUAAAAGUUCAAGCCGACGCUGUUAAAGACACUGCAUCAAGCACACAUGAAAAAGCUAGGAAGUUGAAAAAUCAAUUCAAACAAGCAAAUGACACAUUGACGACAAAAUCAGCUUCAUCAGAAAAUGCUCGUGAAAGGGCCCAGCAACUCCUUCAAAGAGCUUCAAGAAUCACAGUCGAUACAACAACUAAAUUGAAAGAACUGAGAGAUAUGGUGUCUGUUGCUGUAUCAAACGACGCUGAACUCACGGCAAUGGAACAAAAAGUUAAUCGAUUAAAUGGCGAAAUAGAUGCUUACAUUCGACGAAUUAGAGAACAUGCGGACCGUUACAGACAAUGCACAUCGUAGAAGAGAGAAGAAAACAAAUGUUUUUGAUGUCUAUUUAAUUAAUUCGAAGAAAAUUAAUAUUCCUAUUUUUUUUAAUCUUAAAAAGUUUUAAAUAAUCCUUUCAUGAUCAUAGACUUGCUACGCAUAACAGAAUCUGUUGUUUUUAAAGAUGUUUCAUGAUAGCUAAGUAAAUAUAAUGAUGUAGCACCUAAACAUAUUUUAAAGUGCCAAAAAUACUUAAGAAUAAGUAAAGCCAUUAUCAUUCAGAUGCAUUUGCCACAAAAGAAUCAAAUUUAAAUUAUACACCUAAGGUUUUGUACUUUACAAAAAUCAGUAGAAUAAAGUUGUACUGCCAUUUUUUUAUCUAAACAGAGUAAAAUUUAAAGAAUUUUUAAUUUCUUAUGAAAAUAUCAUAUCGAAUACUUGUCAAUUUCAU